GACUUCAAUUUUGAGCUCUAAGAACGACUUAGAGAGAGAAAGAGAAGGGAAGAGAGAGAAAAAAGAAACUUGCUUGUCACCAAUCCAAUGGCGGAUUUCUUUUCUCACGCCUAUCAACCAAUACCACCUUAAGGAAAACUGAUUCAUGCAUGUACAGAACAAGUGGUGAGAUGGAGCCGCAUAAGGCACAUGAACAAGAGCAAUACAGUAAUGUGGCAUCUAGAAAUGCAGCACUUGGAACGAGAAAUAACAGUUUUCUUCAGGACCCGUCCAGCUCUAUUAAUACUAAUGUGAGACCACCCGAUUUUCAGAAUCCACCAGCAGCUAGGCCUGUUCACAAUUAUUCCAUUCAGACUGGUGAAGAGUUUGCACUUGAAUUCAUGAGGCUGAUUCCUAGGCAGCAGUUGCUUCCAAGCACAUAUGCUGAUUCUAAUGCUGCGAGUAACUAUACGGAUCUAAAGGGGAUUCUGGGGAUUAGCCAUGCAGGUUCUGAAAGUGGAUCGAAUUUAUCCAUGAUUUCCUCAAAGGGCACAGCCCGUGCCCAAGAAAUAGAAAAGAAAAAUAUGCAUGGAAUACCUCAAACCUCAACUGAUACUGCUGAUAAUAAAAGGUCUCAAGUUCAUGUCCCUUCACAAGUUCCUGAAACCCCUUUGUCCAAGAAGUUAAAAUUUCUUUGUAGUUUUGGCGGUAAAAUAAUGCCUCGUCCUGGUGAUGGAAAGCUUAGAUAUGUUGGAGGUGAAACUCACAUUAUUAAGUUAAGCAGGGACAUUUCUUGGCAUGAACUUAUAGAAAAAACAAGAUUGCUUCACAGACAGAAUCAUUUUAUCAAAUAUCAGCUUCCAGGUGAGGAGCUAGACGCAUUGAUAUCUGUGUCCUCUGAUGAAGACCUCUGCAAUAUGAUGGAGGAAUGUGAAAUCCUAGGAGACGACGGAUCACAGAAAUUCAGAAUCUUUCUCUUUUCUGGUAGUGAUUUUGAUGAUUCAAUGGCUGGUCUUGAUGAUAUAGAAGGCGAUUAUGAAAUUCAGUAUGUCCUAGCUGUUAAUGGAAUGAAUCUAGGGUCAAGAAAGGGAUCAAUUGCUUUGAGAAGUACUGGUGGCAGCAAUUUGGACGAGUUACUCAAUUUGAAUGUUGGGGCAAAUAUAGUCCAUGCUGGAAAUACAUUGGCUGGUCCGCAAUCUAUGCCUUCACUAGCUCACAUGCCUUCAUCAACAAAAGCAGUUGUGCAAUCUAUGCCGCUCUCUCUGACUCAUGUUGGUGAAUCAGGUUUGCAGUCUUACAAAGGCCAAAUGGUGGAUCAAGCAGAAGAUAGACUGGAGAUUUCAUCCACCGUCAACCCGAAGGAGAACUCCCAUAAUGUAGAUGGCAAAAGUAAUGUUUCAUCAUCUGCUCAACAUGCUUAUAUUCCUAACAAUUCCAAACUUGCUCCCAAGGUAGAAAAAAUAGAGAUGCCUCUGCACGCGAAUUUGACUAGCCAUGGAGGAGGAGUCUCCAUAGAUCGGGUUCCCAGUUACAUUCAUGCUCAGUAUGCUGAAGUACAACAAAAAGGCGAUAGCAUAAAAACAAAAAUCAGUUCAGAAAACAACCAAAUAGCAAAAGAGAUGCUUGUAAAGGAUGAAGGAACUAAAAGAGACAAUUCUUUCAGGAAAAGGGAUGAACCUGGAAAUUUUUCUAACCAAGAAGAGGUUGAUAAUUCAUGUACAAGUGCUGCUGCACUUCUGAAUUCUGUUCCUAGGAAUAUACCAGAUGUCACCUCCUCUUCUGUGGAUGCAGGACCACCAUUUCUACUCUCUCAAAAUCAUGGAAAGCUCGAACAAUCUGCAAAGACUUCAAAGUUCAAUGAAAUUUCAAAAGGAGGAAAUAGAGAUAAGUACAGAGAAGAUGAAUUAGUCUACUCCAGUAAGCCUGCCUAUGAAGCCGAAUCAGAGGAGUUUAACUACCUUGAAGUACCCGCAAUUCCCCAACGAGUAUUUCAUUCAGAAAGAAUUAUGAGAGAACCAGUGGAGCAGACACGUUUAUCAAAAUCUAAUGACCUCGAUCCUCAGGUUCUCAUCAGUCAUUCACAUUCUAACAUUUUGCCACAAAUGGAAGAAAAAGUGGAUUAUUCAAGUGUUGGAAACAUGAAUUCCAUAAAUGACCAGUCCAUCUCUACUGAAACCUCUAAUGCAAAAAUCCAACUAGUCAGAAAGGGACAAACACUACCUCAGAAGUAUGAUAAGUCAGUUGAAGAUUCGGACAGAAAGGCUUCCUCCAGUGCUGCAGUGAUGGAUGAGAUAAAUUCUACCACUUCUAUUUUAAGGGCGGCCCAAAAAGAUGGCCACAUAGUGGUCCCAGCCCCUUCUGCUAAGAUCCUGCCAAAUUCUGUUGAUGGAAUACCAAGUAGAGGGAAACUUGCUGAUAUGAAAAAUACAAACAGCGCAAUUUCAAGUUUACCAUCCAUGGUUCGGACAGAGAAACCACUUGACAUUUCUCAGAGAGAACCUCUUCAUGUUGGUGUUACAGGACAAAGUGAUAUUCGGAUUGACAUUAAUGAACGUUUUCCUCCUGAAUUUUUUUCCGAUAUAUUUUCCAAGGCUAAUAUUUCUCGUGAGCUGACGGAAGAGAGUGAACUGGAUAAUGAUAGAAGUAACUUGAGCUCGCAAAUUGAGAAUCAAGAACCUGAGUACUGUUCAUUCUUCCAAAAUGUGGCAGAAAAUGAUCUUGGUAGGAAAGAUGUUUCUCUUAUUGAUCAGGACCAUAUUGGGUUUCCAUCAUCAUUAAAUGAUCCCAAGGGUACUCCAAUGGACUAUAGUUACCCUCCUUGGAGAAUUGAAGAAUUUAACUUGGCUCAUAUUAACUCCAAUUUCAGCAAUGAAGCUAUUCAGCGGCAAUCACCUGGGAGAGAUGGUGCUGGAGCUAUGGAUCUGCAUUCUGAUUUAAGUCUAUCUAACAACGAUGAAAGUUUUCAGGUUGAUGGCUUGGUGGAUCCAAAGAUAAUAUAUUCGAAGAAUGAGGAGGGAAAGUUGGAAGCCGAUCAUACAGGAAAACCCCUUGCAGAUAUUCCUUCUGGAGAAAUUGAUAUUAGCUCCUUGCAGCAGUUUAUUGAGAAUGAGGAUCUUGAAGAACUGAAGGAGCUUGGUUCUGGAACAUUUGGAACUGUCUACCAUGGGAGAUGGAGGGGAACUGAUGUGGCUAUUAAACGGUUCAAGAAAAGCUGUUUCACUGGCCGUUCAUCUGAGCAAGAGAGAUUAACAACAGAAUUCUGGACUGAAGCUGAUAUUCUCUCGAAGCUACACCACCCGAAUGUUGUGGCCUUUUAUGGUGUCGUGCAGAAUGGACCAGGAGGAACUCUUGCUACUGUGACAGAAUAUAUGGUGAAUGGUUCUCUUAGGAAUGCUCUAAUUUCAAAAGAGAGGCAUCUUGAUCGUCGAAAGAAGCUAUUGAUUGCAAAGGAUGCUGCAUUUGGAAUGGAAUACCUGCAUUCAAAAAAUAUUGUGCACUUUGAUUUGAAAUGUGACAACUUGCUUGUAAACUUGAAGGAUCCUCUGCGACCCAUUUGUAAGGUGGGUGAUUUUGGUUUGUCGAAGAUAAAAAGGAAUACAUUGGUUACUGGUGGUGUUAGAGGUACCCUUCCAUGGAUGGCGCCGGAGCUACUAAAUGGUAACAGCAGCAAGGUUUCUGAGAAGGUUGAUGUUUUCUCAUUCGGCAUUGUCUUGUGGGAGAUACUUACUGGCGAGGAGCCCUACGCAAACAUGCAUUAUGGAGCAAUUAUAGGUGGUAUUGUAAAUAACACUCUUCGACCACACGUGCCAAGCUCUUGUGACCCUGAAUGGAGAUUACUAAUGGAGCAGUGCUGGGCACCAGAUCCAGCCACACGUCCAUCAUUUGUAGAAAUUGUUAGAUGCUUGCGUGUGAUGACUUCAGCAGUGUCUCACGGGAAAUCUCAGACAAGAAACCAGGUUUCCAAAUAGUAACUUUAUAUGCAAAUCUUUACCUUAUCAUGAACUUUUUACAUUUAAUAAGUGCAGCAGGAAGGAAAAAGAAAAAAAGAAAAAAGGGAUGUUAUUAUUAUGUACCCAACCCAUUCAUUGGAUUCCAAUUCCCUUCUGAUUAUAAUUGUAUAGGGUGUCUUUCCUUGCAUAGUUCAAACAUUGGGUUUCUAUUUGGGAAUGUGGGAGAGAUUCUAGCACGUGUGUAUAUAUUACUAUUUGUGUAUAAAUUAUUGGUUUGUAUUAUUUAUUUAUUUUGUUGGAAUUGACACAAAUCCGUAAGUCUAUUCGAUUGUGUACA